CCGGCCGGCCGUCUGGGAGCGACGGUGGCCGAGAGAAGUCCGCGAACGCGGCGGAUAGUUGGCGAGUGCCGGAGGAACAAGCCUCAGCAGCGGCCCAGGCGGCAUCUCUGGAGAACACGGGCAAGGUGAUGUGCCGGCGGCGAUCGCGGACAGGCUGCAGUCCACACAAAGGUGUCCUCGGCGAAAUAUCUGACCCGCGAGGCCGCACCAAGUAAUAUAUCGAAGAAAGACACAAAGUGCUGGAGUAACUCAGCAGCGAGUCAGGCAGCAUCUCUGGAGAACAUGGACAGGUGAUGUGUAUUUCUGCUAUUGCACCUUGUGAAAAACAUUCCUGAAAAUGUCCAGUCCUGCUAAUGCUGAGGCACAGGUGUCUGAACUGGAACUUCUUUUCAGCAUGUUUCCUAACGAGAUUCUGGUGGAUGAUCAGUUGGCACUGGCAGAUCUCAGAGACUACAUACAAGGAAAGAUGCAGAGCUCACCAACCUCAAGACUACAAUACACUGUACACCUCCAUUUAGAGGCUCUUAAUGUAGUGUGCACAUUAUCUUGUGCUUUCCCCCCAAAUUAUCCAACUGUGCUACCAGAAAUUUCAAUAAGGUCAGAUGCAUUAUACAGAUCACAACAAAUGCAAAUAAAUACAGGCCUUUAUGAAUAUCUGAGAAGAAGCUGUUGUGGCGAGAUAUGUAUAUUGAAUGCAAUCGAGUGGAUCAAAGAUCAUGCUAUCACUUACAUGAUCAAAGAAAGCCUUGCAGUUGAUAAGAGGCAACCUGCUAACAUAACCAAAAAUGUGAUUUGUACCAGACUGUGGAUCUAUAGCCACCACAUCUACAACAAAGAAAAGAGGAAAAAUAUUCUGGAGUGGGCAAAAGAGCUUUCACUGACUGGAUUCAGUAUGCCUGGCAAGCCUGGAGUGGUUUGUGUAGAAGGGGCACACGGUGCAUGUGAAGAAUACUGGGCAAGAAUAAAACGGUUGACCUGGAAGAGGAUUCUAAUCCGCCACAGAGAGGAUACUACCAUGGAUAUCACAAAUGACGAGAUGACUUCUGUAAUACAAAUGUUUCAAAAAUUCACAAAUUUUGAAGAAAAAAUAUUUACUGUACGUGGAAAUAGAUCAAAUCAUAUGGAUUUUGGGCAACUGUACCAAUUCUUAAAUGAAAGAGACUGUGGGGACAUUUUUCAAUUGUACUUUGGUGUAGAAGGAAAAGCUUCGUAAUCCAUUUAUGGGUGUAUCUUAUUGUUUACCUGUGUAAGGAUGUAAAAAAGGCCUUGUAUAAAUAUGCCAUGAUAAAUUUGGAAAACAUUUGUAUUUCUGAAAAAUGUUUUAGUAAGUGACAAUUCAUAAAUUGAAGAGGCUGGGCAAAAUGCAUUGUAGAAAUUUUGUUAGUGUAUUUCUACGCAAAGAUAUUAACACUAUAAUAAACAAUAGUUUGGUAAAUCGAGAACAUGCAUGAUAUAAAGUCGAUGGAGGUAGGUGAACAUUUGUGUAAUUAACUUUUAUAAAUCAAGGAAUACAUGUAUUGCAAUCCAAUGCAUAACCAAAUUCUCAAGUUAGAAUUCUAAUUGAUUUACAAAAAGUAUUGAAUUAACAGUUAAAGGAAUCUAAUUCUUAAAAAUUGAACAUUAACAGUACUCCCAUUUUUUUUUUGUUCCUUUUAUUUGUUUUUGUAUAAAUUUUGCAAUCCUUUAAUGAAAAUCCUAAGCCUCUUUUGAUCAGACAUUUCCAAUAAAGGUAAUAUUUAUGCUA